AGAGGGCGGCUCUACGUCAGGAGAUCGGAGUCCGCGUAGGAGGGAUUUGAGGUCCUGCGAAGAGACUGACUGGGCGGACACACUGGCGGAGCGGUCGACACACAGAGGCUGGGUCGGCCUUGGCAGCGUUAGCGGAGCAGCAGCAGGAUUUUCCUGGGGAGGAUCUUCACUCAAGAGUUUAUUGACAGCCAAGGAUGGCAAGCAAGGGGCCGUCGGCCUCUGCAUCCCCUGAGAACUCCAGUGCAGGAGGACCCAGCGGCAGCAGCAAUGGUACUGGCGAAAGCGGAGGGCAGGACAGUACCUUCGAGUGCAACAUUUGCCUGGAUACAGCCAAGGAUGCUGUCAUCAGCCUGUGUGGCCACCUCUUCUGUUGGCCGUGUUUACAUCAGUGGUUGGAGACCAGACCUAACAGACAGGUGUGUCCAGUUUGCAAAGCUGGGAUCAGCCGAGACAAGGUCAUCCCGCUCUAUGGCAGGGGCAGCACUGGGCAGCAGGACCCCAGAGAGAAGACCCCUCCCCGUCCUCAAGGUCAGAGGCCAGAGCCGGAAAACAGAGGGGGAUUUCAAGGAUUUGGAUUUGGAGAUGGUGGCUUCCAGAUGUCUUUUGGAAUUGGGGCAUUUCCCUUUGGAAUAUUUGCCACAGCAUUUAACAUAAAUGACGGGCGACCUCCUCCAGCUGUACCCGGAACGCCCCAGUAUGUAGAUGAGCAGUUCCUGUCACGCCUCUUCCUGUUUGUGGCCCUGGUGAUCAUGUUCUGGCUCCUAAUUGCCUAAUACUGGGCUCCUGGACUACAUCCAUGGCAGGGCCUCUGGACUGGUAACACACCACCCCCACUCUUGAUGUUUGGCUUCCUUGAUAAUCCUGACCCCUGGAAUCAGUGGGGUCAGUAACACAUCAAGGAAUCUUGCUUCUCCAUCAGAGCUUUAGGACUCAGGACCAGUUGUCAAGAACCCUGGAGUAUGGCCACUGCCAUAAACAUUCUGCUUUAACCUCAGGCCUUGGCAUUGAGUCAUCUCUCAUGGGUUAUAACAUGAAAUUUUAUUCUGGCCAGCUCAGCAGCUCCUGACUCUGCACAGGGGAGAUGCAGAAAAGAGAAACUGUCAGUACAAUUUCACCUAAGUUUAAUCUUAUAAGAACAAAGAAAUGAAGCAAAUGUUACUUAUGGAAACUUUCAUUUAUUUCAAUACCCCUUGAUUUGUGGCCUCUGAAGUCAGUGGGGCUCCUCAUACAGAGAGGUUCCCCUUCCAGAUCCCAAUGCUGCUUUGUCCUAUUUCUUCUUCCUCCUCCUCUUCCUCCUCCUCCUCAGCAGAGAUGCAAGAAAUUACUGUCUUAUAAAGAUCAUAAUUGCAGCCCCUAAAGCUGGAGUCACAUCAUGAAUUCACUGGAGACCCAAAGACAUUUUAUUGGCUCUGGGCUUUACUCUGUAUCUUUGGCCCCAGAGAGUGGCUCGAAUGACCUUGUUUUUUGGCAUAGAUUAUCCUGGGAGACCUAUGGCUUCACUCACAGAUAUCUCAUCACCUUUCCUCAAAAAACUACACACGAGCUGCCUCUCUGCCAGAGGGUACACAGCCUAGACUACUGCUGAAGCUAGGACUGACUGCUGUGCAUUAGGAAAGAUCUGCAGUUGGGACUCCAUUGGGAUUCAGAGUUCUGAUGCAGGAACAACUGCACAAGCAGCCCUGUCCCCAAGGCUACAGAAGCUCCACGUGCAUCUUCUCCCAGACCUGCCCAAAGGAAACGGGCUUUGUUAAAGUCGGCCCAGCUGCAUGUUGAAGACCACUUUCAGAAGCCAGAUUGUCCUCAAUGAAGAAAGAGGCAGGAAAGGGGGAAGACCCUACAUUUUGGUAUGGCUCCUUGAAUAUGUGCUAAAACCAAGGAAGCAUGUAACUCCAGAGUGGGCAACUCUGGUGAUGUGUUCAAGUCAGGCAGUGGGCCUGGACCUCCACAUGGUGAUAUGAUGUGGUCUUUCUGUGAAAAUCUUGCUUCCCAAGCCCUUGAUUUGUUUUUCAACUUCACAGACUCUUUCCAAAUCUGAUUGAGGGAGUGUGGGGCCAGGCAAGAGGACAGUUCACUUGGUGGAAUGGUUCUUGCUCUGCCUGUCUGGCUACUUCCUAGAAAUCCAGUCUAUUCCAGGAGGCCCCAAGGUGAGGAGAUGGUCUUCUUCUAGGGCUUCUGUCAUAUCACUAGUCCACAAUACUCCUGGCUUACCUCCAGCAAUAGCCAACAAAUGGUAGAAAGCCCUACCAAGUCUUUUUUUUUUUU